AUGGAUCGUAAACUUUCUAUCAGGGCGAAGACAGCGGGUCAAACUUGCGGAAGCUGUUUCUUGUUGGCUUCCUGUUACAGCCGGUCUCCCCCAAGUGCGAAGUUGGGUCCGAUCCUGUUCUUAAUUAUGGUCAAUGAUUUACAAUGCGGUUCGGGGAGGUCUGGCAAUUGGAAAUUCGUUGAUGAUGUUACUAUCUCUGAGGGAUUAUUAAGGAAUGGGGAACCGUCUGUAAUCCAGUCCGAUUUAACUUCUAUAGCUACAUGGGCAUCUAAUAACCUGAUGAAAUUGAACACAAAGAAAUGCAAAGAGAUGCAAAUUUGUUUCUUUCGGAACAAACCUGAACUACCACACUUGUGUGUUGAAGACCAGAUCUUAGAAUGUGUAUCGUCGCACAAGGUUCUUGGAUUGAUUAUCCAGGAUAACCUUAAGUGGAACGAACAUAUUUCGAUGAUUGUUACCAAAGCAUCCAAGCGACUGCAUAUCCUACGUGUCCUACGACGGGGAGGGAUUCCACCGCACGACCUUAUCACAAUUUAUUAUGCAUUGAUUAGAUCUACAUUAGAAUAUUGUUGUACAGUAUGGCAUUGUGGUCUACCUAUGUAUCUGUCUGAACAAGUCGAGAAAAUUCAAAAACGUGCACUGAGGAUUAUACUGCCAGGUCGAUCCUACGGUGAAGCGCAAGAAAUGUUGCAGUGUCCUAGGCUGGAUAUACGUCGAGGUGAACUUUGCGAAAAGACGAUGAAAAAUAUUGCAUUGCAUUGGGCAGUCGUCUUUCUUCCCAUCUAACUCUCACCAGUGAGAACGAACAUGUGUAUAAUUUAAGGAAUUUUAAACAAUUCGCUUCUUUUAAAUGUAGAACUGAUGGAUUUGGUAAUAGUUUUUUCCCUAGCAUGAUUAGUGUUUUAAACAAAUAAUUGUUCUUAGUUAUAAGUUCUUAUUUAAUAAUCUAAUAAUAUAUUGUAAUAUAGUUACUUUUAGUAUUGUAAUUCCCAUUCAAAUCAAUUGUAAAACACAUUGUAAUUCAUUUUCAUGCGAUGAUAUGUUAUUAAAAUACCAUUAUUAUUAUUAUCUUGAUCAUUUUACGAGUUACAGGAUCAAUCGCAAUUGUUCAAACAUUAUUGAUUUUUUUUAUACAUGAAUCCAACUAAAAUGCCUAUCUAGCGACUAUAUACUGUUAGGUCACUGGUCUUCUUAAUAUAAAGAAACAUCAGAGUUAUACAUGCAACAUGAUGCGGUUUGGUGUUAGUUGCACAUGGAGCACUGGACAGAUUCCUGUCCACAAUUUUCAAGGUAGCUAUAUACUUCCUGAAGCACGCCUAAUCACUGAAGAGUGUUUUUCUCUUUGCUCUCUUACUUUUUUCUUUAUAACUUUGCAUUGCAGUCGACUACAUAUACUAACUAGAAUUUGCUAUCAGAUAAGCGCAGUAAAAGUGCGCAAUUCAAACCUGACGAGUCACUUUAAAUGUGAGUUUCAAAGUGUUCUAACUCGGUUAUAUUAUGUAAUGUGAAUCGAGUUGGGCUAAGGAAAGUUUGUGUGACCAGGUGUUGGGUGGAGCAAGAAACAAUGCAGUAUAAUAAGCUUCUCUGAUUCCGGAAAUGCCAAAAGUUGUCGCGGUUUUUUAUAUGUUGUUUAUCAUUAAGUCAACAUGCAUGAGAUGGUGUGAGUUCUGAUGGUUUAUUUUUCGCAUUUUGCUGCAUGUAAUGCAGUUGUCAUAGUCAUUUUCGGACUACAUCGAUUAUGCUAGUCAGUUUCGGAUAUUAAAAUGCAGACUAUGUGUCAUUCUGUGUGACAUCUUUUUGAUUCUCCUAGACCUUAAUAGAAUAUUUUAUUUUUAGACGUCGAUGAAUGUCUAGAGUCCCCUUGCGGGAAUAAUGAAAUGUGCAAUAAUACUGAAGGAUCAUAUAACUGUUCUUGUAAGGAAGGAUUCGGAAGAGAUGGAUUCCGAUGUUUAGGUAAUCUCCGAGCCAAGUGCGAACAGCGUAUAUGGUGUUUGCUGGGUGCAAACAUUAUAUAUUGAAUUCCUAUUCAUCCUAUACUGUACCUAAACCUGUUGAAGGCGAAAAUUUAGCGAGGCAGUAGCCUACCUUCAGCGAAAAUAUUCCCGAGAUUAUUAGUGAACAUCGAAAGUGGUCAAAAUUAUUUGUUUUGGCCAUUUCGCUUUCGAAACAGUUUAUUUUGUCCACCCAUUAGCAGGAGAAUAUAACAAAUAACUGUUUAGCCGUUCUGAACAUGUAAGUAAAAUCAGAUUAGUUAAGGAAGGUAUAAGGUGAGAUUGGUUAAGUAAAUUUCCGUGGAGUAAUUUCGAGUAACGAGUUUGAAGAAUUUAGAGUAAACGGUCUAGAUGUUAAUUUUUAUACGAAUCUUUUAUUUUCAGACCAGGACGAAUGUCAAAACAAUCCGUGCGGGAAUAAUGCAACAUGUAAUAAUACACAAGGAUCAUACAACUGCUUGUGUAACGAAGGAUUCGAAGGAAAUGGAUCUCAGUGCUUAGGUAAUCCACGAGUUGGGCGAAUACGUUAUGUUCUCUGCACUCGUGACGAUUAGAUUCCUUUUCAGGCAUUUACUGUUAUAUAAUAACUACAGUGAAACACGCAAUUUGAUUGGUCAACAGCCGUGCAGGGUCAAACAAUCCUGCACGGGAAAUUCUGAACAGAAAUUCUUGCACAUAAUUUUACAAAUAUACUCGCAUUGUAAAGUUUCAUUGUACCAUACCUUUCGACUUUGAAGUAAGUUUCCAAUUAUUGAGACGUUCGUUUAGUUGUAUGAAUAAAUUUCUGAUCGACACAUUGUUAUUCAGCAAGUAGCAACGCGUAUAGCGUUGAAAUUCAUCAGACCAUGGCAUGUAAGUACAACAUCUUUCGCUUCAAAAUUGAUCAAAUGCUUCGCAAUCUUCACAUAUUCAGCUGGAGAAUCUUCAAAAUUACUUUGGCUCUCUGUUUAGCGGGUUUUCCAUUUGAAAUUUCGUCUAUUUUAUCGAAAAAGUCCAUGUAUUUUCGCUGUAUAUUUUCGUGAAUUUGCGAUCAAAUUCUGUUCACAUGUGUUGUUGUUUUCAAUAGCGUGAAGUAGCGAUUCUCUGAUUGGUUAAUUCACGAAUGUUGUGAGAACUGCACAUUUCAUCAGUAAUUUUAAUCACGUUAAGCGUCGUUUCACUGUAGUAAUUUUAUAAAACAAUUACCAAAUGGUUUUCCCGUUCAGGAUAGCAUGAUGCAUGCACUUGGGAUGUUGCUCGACUUUCGGAAAGCGUAAAAAUACACUCGCCUACGGCUCGUGUCUUUUUACCCUUUCCGAAAGUCUCGCAACAUCCCGCGUGCAUGGAUCACGCAAUCCUGCACGGAAAACCAUUCGGUAUUCCUUUAGUAUGAAGGCGAAAUUUCAGCCAUCAAAAAAAUUUGGAUAAAAAUAUCUAAGAUUAAGUGAAUGUUUGAAAAGGGAUCUAAAUUGGAUACUUCAGCCAGUUCCAGCAUUUAAUAAUAAUUUUGGGCAUGCGUGUUGUGAUUGUUGCUAAUUCUAUCACAAAUCAUUAAAUUAAAUUUCAGGUUAUGUAACGUAAAUUAAGGCUAGAUUUGCCUAGUAGGAUGGGAGAAGGGUGACAGACUAACAGGAGCGUAGGAACCGGGGGGAAGGCACGAGGGGCACGUGUCCCCCCCCCCCAAAAAAAAAAAUUCAAAGGACUAAAAGUGCCCUUUUUUGGGAUGAAAUGUGCCCUUUUUUGGGAUGAAAAAUGCCCUUUUGUACAAACUAAUGUGGCUGUAAAUACUAAAUUAAAAUCGAAAGUGCCUUUUUUGUUUGGAAAUUUCCAAGUUUUUUAAAAAAAUUGUGUCAAAAACGUGCAUCUUCGAUAUGGUACGACUGGAAAGUUUUUCUCUCUUCCCCCCCCCGUCGCCAACAUUUCCGGGAGAAUUUUUUAUGUGCCUUAUUCAAUACCCUAAAGUGCCCCUAGAACAGGUGCCCCCCAACGUUUUUUAUGCUUCCUACUCCCCUGCAGACUAAGUUGGUACUGUGACGAUUUCGAUGGCAUUUUAAAGGAGGGCGUGAGGGGAUGUUCUUGUAGGGAAGAUGUGGGAUGUUGUGUUAGGCAAACUUUUCCUUCUUUCUUUCUUUACGAAAAUUGCAAACAGGACCGAUUGUUCAAAAGCUCGUUAACUUUAAUCCAUGGUUAGCGCUAACCCUGGGUUAGAAUACUUAGCCCAGGUUUAGUUAACCCUGAGUAGAAAUUGCGUUGUUCAAAGCUGGGUUAGAGGUGCGGUUAGUCAACCCAAGGUUAAAUUUGUUUUAAAGAUAAAUGUAAUAUAAGAAAUUUUUGUUUGGCUGGAAAGUAAGUGUCAAAACUAGGAAUAGAAUGGAAUAGAUGGGAGAACUAUUGUUUAACAAGUAAUAGGCAACUGAAAUUGAACAUUUCAGACACGAAUUUAAGCAUUUUAAAAGUUUCAGAAAAAAUAUAGUUGAUCAAAGCGGCAAAACCAUUUGAAAUCAAUUUUGCAAUUUUAGGCAGUGCUUGAUUAAAUAAAUUUGAGAAGAAAAUCCCGCCAAUCAAUUGAACUUCGAGUUAUUUUGCAGUUGAAAGGGAUUUUUCAACGCAACGUGUUUAUCCUAUGAAACAAAAUAUGAAAAGUGAAAAACAAAAAGGAACCAGCGAAUUUGUUUUACAGCUUUUAAGAACAAUGUUUUUACUAGGUAAUACACCGCUGCACUGCAAACAGUAGAUAUUCAAGAACUUUAAUUUUGUAAAACAGGUGAUGGUACGGCGAAUUGUUUGGCAAUAGAAAUAUUUUUUCUAGAGUUAUUUUUCGACGAAACUUGAGUUGAAUGCUUGGCUUAAAUAAAACUACAGUCUAAAGUUUUGGUGGCGGCAAGCGAUAACGUUCUCGUGAGGUAAAUCCUUUUACUAUACAAUGUACACAUUCUUGAUUACGGCAUAUGUGCACCAAACUAUAUUUUGAUGGCAGACGUAGCUGUUUCUUUUGGCGUUUUGUUAAUUAACGUACUUUUCCACAGAAACACAAUAAAACAGUAAAUUAUGAUAUCCAUGCUUAGACCAUAACACCCCAAACAUGGGCAAAAAGUUGCCGUGUCUUUCACCUUAAUGCUCGUAUGUAAAUUCAAAGCCAACUUGUAGGUAUAAAAUAAUUUCAAAGGUUUAUACCGGGCGAAUAAGAAUCUUAAUAGUAUUUAUAGACUUAGAUAAUUUACUUUUGGAGGUUGAUUUUCCUGCAUAAAAUCAUUGUACACUGUUUGUUUCACCAAGAGUGUUAGGUGUUUACUUUUUUCACUCCUUCGACGUCAUUUAGUGAAUACGAGUUAACCGGACGAUUGGCAAGAUAACCCAUCUAGCGUGAGGAAGGUUACAUUUAACACUGGUUUUAACAGAGGCUUAAGGAUAACCUAACUUUGAACAACCCAGAGUAACCUACGGUUAAAAUUUUAGCCCAGAUUAAGCAAAUUUAACGCCAGGUUAGCGUUAAUCGGCUUUUGAACAACCUGCUCCAGACCAUGUAAUAACUAUCUGCGUUGCUAAAUUGUAUAUCUGUUAUGGAGAAACUGAGGCUCGAAGAUACACGGUAGUGUGGAGAGGUGUGCCGUUGGACCAGGUAGAGUAACCUGUUUGAUUUGCUUUUGGGUGUGUUCUAGUUUAGGGUGGGGUGGGAGGAGAUAGAGCCUUAUAGAUUUAACUCGUUUGAGGAUGAAGGUAUAUGUGGUUGACCAUGCACUGCUGUGCACGGGGAAAUGAGGUGGUGCCAUUGUUGUAAGGACAUUUUAUUUUAAAUUUUCCGGGCUCAUAAUUCUCAAAUGAAAUGUAUAUGUCAUGGCGGAUUAUUGGAGCAAAGUUGCUCUUCUUAAAAGCUGUGAAUUAUACAGUCAGAUACACUGAUUGUGUCAGUAUCAUACAGCCUUGCUUCACUUUGCCAUCCCCAGAUAUCUUAGUCAAAUGUCUCAUCUGUAGAUACCGACGAAUGUCAAAAAUCUCCAUGUCACGAUGAUGCAACCUGCAAUAACACAGAAGGAUCAUAUGCUUGUUCGUGUAACAGAGGAUUCAACGGAAACGGCUCGAAUUGUUCAGGUACACCUUGGGCGAUUUGCAAAUUCCGUGGUGCGAUAAAACCGUUACGACGAAACUAGUUAUCAUGGAAAGGACAUGCACAGGAGUGUGACAAGUAGGCAACAAAGAUGAAUGAAGUAUUAAAAAAACGAGAUUCGAUACUGUAAAAAGUUACUCCGUUUUAUUUCCAACCAUUUCCUUCAUUUGAUGACUUUUGUCACAUUAGAUUCCGUGAUGCCUUCUGUUUUGUCAAUGUCGAUUAAAUGCCAAGUCGGUUAAAAACCAUUGUUUGCAAAUAUAUGUUUAGAACAUUUAGUAUGUUUAGAUCAUGAGACGUGGUGAGGUGAGACUGUGUAAGAGUAAGGUAAGAGCUAGGUAUAGCGUGAGCCAUGUGUGAGGAUGCAGAAUGUGUGUGAAAAGGGUAUGGAUAUACAUAUUUAUUUGAAGUGGAGUGAGUUUUAUCCAUUGGUUACUCCUAAUGCUCUGCUAAGAGUAGUUAUUAAAGUUUUUCGACUAUAAUAUGCCAGAAAUUCAACUCUGCCUGAAUUUUGUGCCCGUGGUUUUCGAAGUUUUUCUUCAUAAAUAAACCAGCAGUAUAAUUAUACCAUGCCUCAAUGCAUGAUGAAUGUAUUGCAUCUCUUUAUGGAAAGGUUGCGGGAUAUAAUAAGAAAAAAGGACGAUAAUAAUAUAGCGAUAAUAAUACUCGUUUUUUCUCACUUUAAAAUGCUGCCAUCAUAAUUAUUACUUAGACUGUAUUAUUCAAUUUAUCAAAGGAACUGUAUAUAAUAGGGGGAUUUCUAUGCAUUUUGUACCUGACAUAUUACAACAUGCAGUAUUAUUUUACUGCCAUUUUCAUGGAUCUCAAUGAAAAAUAUUAUUUUUUUAGACCGCGAUGAGUGUCAGGAAUCUCCUUGCGGGGAAAAUGCAAUUUGCACCAACACUGCCGGAUCAUAUACGUGUUCAUGUAAUGAAGGCUUCGAAGGGGACGGCAUUAAAUGUCCAGGUAAUUCCCAUGCCAUGCAUGCAUAUAAGUGUGUGUAUAUAUGUCAAUGAGGGUAAUAUUUCCACUGGUGUGUUUACUACUAGAAAAAAGCCAUCUAAGUGAAAAUCUGUCAGUGGAUGACAACAAGGUGUCUACACUAAAUGGGUUAUGUGACAUAGAUUGAAAGUGUGGGGUAUUAUAGGUGCAGAAUUAACGAGACAUACGUAUACGGCGAGAGUAGUGAAGCAGUUGUUCCGCAUUUACGUUUUAAAAUAUAAUGUAACAAAACACGCGGAUAGCGGAACGGGAGAUAACAGAGAUAUAAAUCAUAACAAGAAUCAUUAGUCAAGAGAAGAAGUACGAAAACACCCCAAUUAAAAUGGGGCCAUCUCAGGGUCAAAAUAUCGGUCCCAUUUUUGGGUCUAAGAUGGCCCUUCUGAAAUUACUAAGUAGUUUACUUCCUGCGGGUUUUGUUUUAUUUUAAAUUUGUUUAACGUUAACUCUAUACUGGAAAUGUAUUAGCUGAAUCACUGUUAUGGGCUUUAUGCAUGACUCAUCGAUUUGAAAAUUAAUCGCAUUGCUGCAUUCGUGUAUUUUUGGCAAACAUACAAUUAAUAGAUUUACAUAUACAUUCUACAUUCAUUAUUGGAUUUCAAAAUAGAUGUAUUUUACAGAUAUAGACGAAUGUAUCUCGGACACUCACAGACACUCGUGCUCAGAAUAUGCGAUCUGUACAAACAAGAUUGGUUCGUACAUGUGCACUUGUUACAGGAAUUUUACUGGUAAUGGGACAGUUUGUACAGGUAACAAACUUCCUGUCUAUAUUCCCAAAUUGAGUUCUCUAAACACGUUUCAACAUGAAUUACACGCCCAUGUCACUGACACAAAAAUGUUUCUUGGCAACAUAACAUGCGCUCAGAACGUCCGUUAUAUAUAUAUAUAGAAAGAGAAAUAUGCAAUGUUAUAGGGACUCGGAUGGUAAAUUACAAUAACAUAAAUGGUUUGCAAUGCCUCUUACAAUACGCCGAGAAGAGCAAAAUUCAUUAGCAAUUUCAAAGUUCAAAGCAAUUGUUGUCUUUUGUAAAAUUCUCACAGACAUACAGAUCAUUUAAAAAUGCGACAGUAUACCCACUUCUGCUGCGCUUCUUGUGUGAAGUGGCUGAGUUUUUUCGAUGUGAAGCGAAGUUAUAAAAUCAUUGCGAAAUAGAUCGUCAUGUAACUGCACGGUCGGGUAACUGGACUAAAACAAAAUUAUUACGUUAUGGCCAGACUCUUGCAAAAAAGUAGAACGAAAUAGCCGUUGAGAUCUGCUAAAUAUAUUUCCACUCAUUACGUACCUGAAACGUUUUACUUCUAUUGACUGCACUCCUUCCUGGUGAAAUACUGUAGGUAGGUUGAGGUCACUACCAAAAGGAAAGGUAAACCUGUAUUAGCGGCCAGCAUGCAGGUAUACUGUACACAUAAUAUUUUAACGCUAAUUAUUCUUAAGCUUCUCCCGCUUUUCCAGUUUUUUACCCACGCUUUGGAAUCAACUGCCCAUUCACUCUUGUGUUCACCGACGUCGUUCAGGGUGAUAAUAGGGGAAGCGAUUUUCUUUGUAGGUACAACGGAUAUGAGCAGUUAUUUGACAGUGUAUAUAUUGAUCGAAAGAAUCUCGUCUGCAUUUUGAUGAUUAUACAUGCGUAUGUAUGCAUACAUCAAUCGUUUUUAACACAUGAACCUUCACGUCCUCAACGUUUUCGAACAAACAAGGGAAUGGACUACCAAACUUCAUCCCUCAAACUGAGAUGGUUCUUUAAACAUGAUUAAAUGAACCAGUGCUUGUUCGAUGCAGUGUAAAGUCUUGCCGUAACACGUAUCACAUGUGGACGUGUUUUGACAUAAUUUAUAGCUAAAC